AUGCUAGAACUAGGAGAAAAGAGAAUGGAAACUAGGAGAACGUUGUUUCUAUACGGAGCAAUCAUUGGUGGUGGAUAUGGAGGCGUACCCACUGCCCAAAAACUUGAAGCCGCGUUACACAAAACACAUCGGAUCAUCUUAAUCGAGCGUAAAACUCACUACUGGCAUUCGGUCGGGGCUCCACGAACGGUCGCAGAAGACAAUUUCGAAUCUCAGCUUCUAAUCCCAUAUGACAACCUCUUUAAACACGACGGAAAAAUUAUCCAUGCAGCUGCAGUUCGACUGAGUGACAACGAAAUGACAUUGGACAAGGCUGUCGAUGAAUUUGGCGAUAAAGUACCAUUCAAGUAUGCUGUAAUUGCUACCGGAAGCGAUAGUGCUAAACCUGCCAAGAUUGAUGGAAGGAGCAAGAAAGAAAUAGUAAAAAAAGUUGAUACUUACCGGAGUGCAGUGAAGAAGGCAACAAGAGCGUUAAUUAUUGGAGGAGGCUCUGUCGGAAUCGAUCAGGCUACCGUUCGUCUAAGAGCCCUAGGCGUAAAUGUCAUUCUAAACAAACGCGUACAAUUCUCAGCUUCUGACAUAGGCAAUGGAGACAAUAAAGUUACCCUUGUAACGGACAAAGGCACUAAAAUCGAAUCGGAUGUUCAAUUAAUAGCCACCGGAAAUCACGUCAAUUCCGAAUUGGCGGGUUGCGAACAUGUCUUUGCCUUGGGAGACGUUAAUAAUGUCAAAGAGACGAAAAUGACACUCAGGGCCGGCCUUCAAGCAGAUUUGGUUGCCAAAAAUAUAAUUGCAUUGAUCGGCGAAAAGAAAUUAGUCGAGUACAACCCAGGGCCGCCAGUAAUGCUCCUUACUCUUGGUAAAGAUGGUGGAGUGGGGUUGCUUCCCAUGUUUGGUGGAAUAUUGGCUGGAAAUUGGAUGGCGAAAUUGUUUAAAUCAAAGAAUCUGUUUGUUAAUAAGUAUUGGAAGGAAAUAGCUGGGGAAUUACCACCUUCCUUGGAGAAUAAUACGAGUGGUGAUGCGCGUAUGGAUUUACGUAUAUUUUUAUUAGUAAUACCAUUAUUAUAUGUAGGUAAAGUGAUUUUUGAUAAAGGGAGUUAA